AUGAAGCCGCCCGCGCGCCGCUUCAACUACCAGCAAUGCCGUCGCCUUCUCGUGACAGCAGGCAGGCAGUCGUCGCGACGCCGAUCUUUCCUAUGCGCAACCUCGGCCUUCUCCUCCCCUUCCCCGUCCAUUCGAGGACGGGGACAGGCGAUACCGCCCGCAGGAUCAGUAGCCCCGUUCCACAGUAGCGCCCGGAAGCUACACGACCAGCAGCAGCAAGAGCAGCAACCAGCGCCACCGAACCCGGCGCCCCUGCAGCGGCGCCCCACGACGGCGCCCAAGCCCGUCAUCGACAUCCGCCACAUCCGCGAAAACCCAGAGCUGUACGCAGCCAACUGCCGAGCGCGCAACUACCCCGCGGCCGCCGACUACCCCAGGCAGAUCAAAGAGCUGUUCGCGCAGUGGCAGGAUCAUCAGCGCCGGGGCCGCGGCCUGCGCGAGGCCGCCAACCGCCUCCGCCGCCAGCUGACGAACCCGGGCGACACGUCGCAGUCGGAGCCUGAGCCGCCCUCGUCGCCGACGCCGCCGCCGCCGCCCACGCGCGACACCCUGCUGGCCGAGGGCCGCCGCAUCAAGGCCGAGCUGUCCACCAUCGAGGAGGCCGAGGCGCGCCUGCAGGCCGAGAUGCAUGUCCUGGCCCUGGCAAUCCCCAACCUGACCAGCCCCUCGACGCCCGCCGGCGACGAGCCGCGCGUGCUCACCUACAUCAACGACCACCCCGAGGCAGCGACAACCACCACGUCGGAGAGUGGCGCUGCGCAGGCGCAGUCGGACCGCGUGUGGCGGUCGCACGUGCACAUUGGCUCGGAGCUGGGGCUGCUGGACUUUGCGGCGGCGGGGGCGACGUCCGGGUGGGGGUGGUACUACCUGCUGGACGAGGCCGCGCAGCUGGAGCAGGCUCUGGUGAGCUACGCGCUGGCGGCGGCGACGCGCAGCGGGUGGCGGCAGGUGAGCCCGCCCAGCGUCGUGUACAGCCACAUGGCCGGGGCGUGCGGGUUCCAGCCGCGCGACGCCAACGGCGAGACGCAGGUGUACGCGCUCGCGCAAUCCGCCGACGACGCCGCGCGCGGCCGCCCUGAGCUGUGCCUCGCCGGCACGUCCGAGAUCCCGCUAGCCGCCAUGAAGGCCGACGCCACGCUCGACGAGGCCGAGCUGCCGCUCAAGCGCGUCGCCGUGUCGCGGUGCUACCGUGCCGAGGCGGGCGCGCGCGGCGCCAACACCAAGGGCCUGUACCGCGUGCACGAGUUCACCAAGGUGGAGCUGUUCGCGUGGACGGCGCCCGACGCGGCCGAGGCCGGCGACGUGUUCGAGGAGGUGGUCGACUUCCAGACGGAGCUGCUGGGGUCGCUGGGCCUGCACUGCCGCGUGCUAGAGAUGCCGGCCGCAGACCUCGGCGCGUCGGCUUGGCGCAAGUGCGACAUCGAGGCCUUCUUCCCGUCGCGCCGCGACCGCAACGGCGGCUGGGGCGAGCUGACCAGCGCCAGCAUCUGCACCGACUACCAGGCGCGGCGCCUCGCCACACGCGUGCGCUUCGCCGACAAACUCGACUUCCCCUACACAGUCAACGGUACCGCCCUGGCCGUGCCGCGCGUGAUUGCUGCCCUGCUGGAGAACGGCUGGGACGAGGCCGACAAGUCGGUCGCCAUCCCCGAGGUGCUGCGCCCGUGGAUGGACGGCCGCGACAAGAUUGGCCCGAGGCAUCACCAGUUGUAG